AUGAGCGGCCUUGCAAGCGAUGCAAAACUAGAGGUGUUGCCUGCGAGGAAAGUGAACCUCGCGAAGGGUCGAAACAUGUACGAGCUGGAUCUCAUUCAGAGGGAAAUCUACACAGUAGCGGCACUGCCCACUCCUGGAUCUGGAUCUGGACCACAACAAUCCGAUUUCAACGAGGAUGUAAGCCUGCCUCAAGCUGGGAUGACGGACUUGCCGCCUUUCGAGAUGACCCAGAACCUUUUCGCCGGCAGUAUGGGAAUGACCGACUACGACUUCUUUGAGUCAAUCAUGAUGCCUGAGGUUGUCAAGCCAGCACCACUCGGGCAGGUCAUGAUGCCGCCCGACGUGUCCGACUUCACUCAAGAUCUCAACAUUGAUGCCUUUGACUUCGACUUCAGCUUUUUAGCAAGCGGCCUGACCAGACCGCCGUCUCCGGAGGUCGGGAACGACACAACGCACAACAGUGGUCAGGUGGCCUUGACUCCACAGUCCGAGGUUGUUCAGCUCGCGCUAAGAGACCUGCAUCUUUGCUGCUAG